AUGUCGAGCAACUCUAGCCUACCAGCUCCACCAGUUUUCAAGGGAGAAGGGUAUGAUUUCUGGGUCGUACGGAUGGAGGCACUUCUCAAUGCUCAUGAUCUAUGGAACUCUGUUGAAAAGGGUUAUGAGCUAGUUGAACUUGCUGAUGAUGCCACCGUGGCUCAGAUUAAGGCACAGAAGGACUCACAGACACGAAAUUUUAAAGCACUGUCUUACAUUCAUGCUGCAGUCACGGAGGAAAUUUUCUCAAGGAUUAUUGGCCUCAAGACAGCCAAGCAAGCCUGGGAACAAUUGAAGGAGGAGUUUAAGGGCAGUGAAAGGGUAAGGUCUGUCAAACUUCUCACUCUCAAAAGAGAGUUUGAACUGCAGAGAAUGAGGGAGAGUGAGUCUGUAAAGGAGUAUUCUGAUAAGUUGAGUAAUCUGGUGAAUCAAAUGCGUUUGUAUGGGGAGGAUAUUACUGACCAGAAGGUAGUAGAGAAGACGUUGAUCAGUCUGCCAGAGAAAUUUGAAGCAAAAGUCUCUGCCAUUGAGGAGUCAUAUGAUCUCACCAAGCUUACUGUGUCUGAGUUAUGCAGUAAGCUACAAGCUCAAGAACAGAGGGCUUCAUUGAGGAAUGAUGAGGUGACUGAAGGAGCAUUUCAGACUAGGCAUAAAGAGGGGAAGCAAGGUUCAUCCUUCAAAGAUAACAAGAAAUACAAUCAGGACAAAUCAGGGAAGGGCAAGAGUGAAAAUUCUGGUGAUCAAACUCAGAAAAAGGGUAACUAUCCUCCUUGUGGAACUUGUAGUAGGACCAAUCAUCUGGAGAAGGACUGCAGAUACAAGGGCAAGUCUCCAGUUCAAUGUUGGUUUUGUAAGAAAAAUGGACAUAUUGAGAAAAAUUGUAAAUAG